AUGUCCUUCACUGAGGAGAAGCUAAAUGUGAAGAACAAUUUGUUGCCCAAUCAUGGUGGUCCGACAGUUAACGCAGUUCUUGAAGAAGAGGAAACCGAAAUGGUCAGUUUAGUGGGUGACUUGAAGACUUUAUUAUCAGUUAUCUCAACAAAUUUGCAAAAGCAUGAGGUUUUGGUUGGUGUUCAUGACAAUUGUGGCAUAUGCAAGACUGAGUCAGAUAAGUGUGAAGAACUUAAGGUCCGUGUCCAAGAGUUGGUGAAUCAGGGGGUCUUAUCAUUUGCAAGAGCCAGAGUCGUGGAAGAGGUCUCUGUCAUUGAUCCAAUUGAGAUUGUGUACUACAAGAAGAAGAUUGAGGCUCCAACGAAGAAAAUACAACCCAUCAACAUUCGUGUUCCCGCUCUUUUUCCUUACCAACAUUCCAAGGCGGUGCCCUGGAAAUAUGAUGUAACUAUCUCUGUUGGUGGAAAAGAGAUCCAGUUUUCCGAGGCUGAAAUUGUCAACAUAGCAGAUAUUAUGUCCUUCUCUGAGGAGAAGCUAAAUGUGAAGAACAAUUCGUUGCCCAAUCAUGGUGGUCCGACAGUUAACACAGUUCUUGAAGAAGAGGAAACCGAAAUGGUCAGUUUAGUGGGUGACUUGAAGACUUUAUUAUCAGUUAUCUCAGCAAAUUUGCAAAAGCAUGAGGUUUUGGUUGGUGUUCAUGACAAUUGUGGCAUAUGCAAGACUGAGUCAGAUAAGUGUGAAGAACUUAAGGUCCGUGUCCAAGAAUUGAUGAAUCAGGGGGUCUUAUCAUUUGCAAGAGCCAGAGUCAUGGAAGAGGUCUCUGUCAUUGAUCCAAUUGAGAUUGUGUACUACAAGAAGAAGAUUGAGGCUCCAACGAAGAAAAUACAGCCCAUCAACAUUCGUGUUCCCGCUCUUUUUCCUUACCAACAUUCCAAGGCGGUGCCCUGGAAAUAUGAUGUAACUAUCUCUGUUGGUGGAAAAGAGAUCCAGUUUUCCGAGGCUGAAAUUGUCAACAUAGCAGAUACUUUAAUCUCUAGGGUCCUGGUUGAUACAUGCUCUUCACUCAAUGUGUUGCCAAAGAGCAAGUUGAGUCAAUUGCAAUUUGAAGGGCCAAAGAUAUGGGCUAGUGUAUUGAUUGUACGAGCUUUUGGUGGAUCAAGGAGGGAAGUCGUUAGAGAGGUGGAUUUGCCAAUCCUUGUGGGUACUCACCAAUUCACUGUUACCUUUCAAGUUAUGGACAUUUAUCCUGCUUACAUAUUCCUGUUGGGGAGGCCGUGGAUUCAUGUUGUUGGUGUAGUCACAUCUAUUUUACAUCAGAAAUUGAAGUUCACAGUUGGAGACAAGCAUAUGAUUGUCUGUGGUGAAGAGGAUUUUGUGAUCAUCAGAAGAGAAGUCAAGAUAGGGGCAUCCCUCGCCGAGCAUAUACAUAAUGAGUUGAUCAAGCUACUUCGUGAAUAUGUUGAUUUCUUCGCUUGGUCUUAUCAAGAUAUGCCUUGGCUAGAUACCAAAAUUGUUGAACAUCAGUUACCGCUCAAGCCUGAAUGUCCUCCGGUUAAACAGAAGCUUCGCAGAACCAGACCUGACAUGGCACUGAAGAUUCGAGAAGAGGUUAAAAAUAAGUUUGAUACGGGUUUCUUAGCUAUUGUUGAAUAUCCUCAGUGUGUUGCUAAUAUUGUUCUGGUUCCUAAGAAAGAUGGAAAGGUCAGAAUGUGUGUGGAUUACCGAGAUCUUAACAAAGGGAGUAUGAAGGAUGACUUUCCUUUGCCUCAUAUUGAUGUCCUGGUAGACAACACUUAA